CAGUCGCUGGAAAUCUUGGAGCUGUGGUCUCGGGGCGCACCUGGUCCCAGGUUAGGGUCUCCCCGUUCCUGUCAUCACGGCAGGUUGGAGCGCAGAGGCGUUUUUCUCCGCAUCGAGCAGGCCCCUGCCCGUCCUGCUUCCCCGCUGUGGCUCUCAUGGCGCCGGCUGCCUCCCUGCACAGCCCGCGGCCAGCCUCCCGCCUGCUGCUCCCCCUGCUCAGCCUGACGGCCCUGGGCUCAGCCCAGUUUACCGUCCUGGGGCCGCGCCCCGUCCUGGCCAUGCUGGGGGAAAACAGCACCCUACGCUGCCGGCUCUCUCCCGAGAAGGACGCCACGGCCAUGGAGGUGCGCUGGUUCCGGGCGCGCUUCUCCCCCGCCGUGCUCGUCUACAAGGGCGCGCGGGAGAGGGCGGAGGAGCAGAUGGAGCAGUACCGGGGCAGGACCUCCUUCCUGGGCGACGACCUCGGCCGGGGCCGCGCGGCGUUGGUGCUCCACCGGGUCACCGCGCCUGACGACGGCCUCUACCACUGCUACUUCCAGGAGGGCAGGUCCUACGACCAGGCCGUCGCGCGCCUCGUGGUGGCAGGCCUGGGCUCCACACCCCUUAUAGAGAUGAAGGGCCGUGAGGAUGGGGCCGUCUGGCUGGAGUGCACGUCUGCAGGGUGGUACCCAGAGCCCCGCGUGCUGUGGAGGGGCCCUGACGGCGAGGUUGUGCCUGCCCUGGAGGAGGUGUCCACUGCGGGGGCCGAUGGCCUCUUCACGAUCACCACGGCUGUGCUCGUCACAGACGGCACCAUGAGGAACGUGACCUGUGUGGUCAGCAACCCCCUGCUCGGCCAGGAGAAGGACGCUGUGAUCUUCAUCCCAGAGUCCCUCGUGCCCAGCGGGGCUCCCUGGACAGUGGCCCUGGCUGCCAUCCUGCCGACCCUGACCCUCCUCCUGGCCUCAGGCAUCUGUGUCAUCCAGAAGCUCCACAGGGACGGGAAGAGCCAGUCAGCCGGAGAGGAGGUCGGCCGCGGGGAGAGAGAGACCACACCACAGCAGCUCCAGGAAGAACUGCGGUGGAGGAGGACCCUCUUACAUGCUGCCGACGUGGUGCGAGCGCACCCCGAGCUCUUCCUGUCGCAGGACCGCAGGAGCGUGCGGCGGGGCCCCGGGCGGCGGCGCGUGCCCGACACCCCGCAGAGGUUCGACUGCCGGCCGUGCGUGCUGGGCCGGGACCGCUUCUGGGCGGGGAAGCACUGCUGGGAGGUGGCGGUGGGCGGCGCGAUGGUGUGGGCAGUGGGGGUGUGUCGCGACAGCGCGGACCGCAAGGGCGAGGCCCCGCUCAGCCCGCAGAACGGCUUCUGGACCCUGGAGCUGUUCAGCCGCCAGUCCCCGGCGCCUGAGAGGGUCCUCCCGGUGCGGGGGCGCCUGCGCCGCGUCGCCCUCUUCCUGGACUGCGACGCGGGCGACGUCUCCUUCUACGACGCGAGGGACAGGUCGCACCUCUACACGUGUCCCCGCGCAGUCUUCGCGGGCCCCCUGAGGCCCCUCCUGCGACUGGGCUCCGACGACAGCCCCCUGCGCGUCUGCCCGGCCUUCGCCGGGGCUGCGGGGGCCGCGGUGCCCGAGGGCGGCCUGGUCAUGCUCGGGGCGGGGACGGGGCGCCCGCAGGACCGGUUCCCUGGGGUCGCCGCCCUGUGAGGAGUCCCGGCCAUCCCAGCUCUGGGCUGUGUCCGUCCCUGGCGACCGGCCCCCUCCUUCCCUGUCCCCGAGGACCCCUGCCCCGCUUCCUUCCCUCACUCGGCCCAGCCCCCAUCCCCAUCCCGGGGACCUGAGCGACUCCUUUGCUGGUGACCCCCGAGGGGUCAUUCUCAGGGAGGUCCUGGCUGCUCGGUCAGCAGGAGAGGGCCAGGAGCCAUGGGCAGGACACCCGCGGUUUCCUGGGCUGGGUCGGGGCUGCGUCCUGGCGGCGGGCGGGGCUCCAGAUCCUGCACUGGGACCUACCUGGCCACAGGGCCGGACAGGACCGCAGAGCUCCUGGGGGAGGGAGAGCAGAUGGCGGUGGGAGAGGGGCGAAGGCCCAGCUGGAGGCCUGGCUGGGCAAGGCAGCCUCCUGGGCACAGUGUAGGCCCCAGAAGGCCAGGACCCCAGUGUCCGCGCUGGCCCCAGUGUCCCCGCGCCAGGUCCCUGAGGAUGGCUGCAGUCUCAGGCCCUGGAAGCAGGUGGCACCAGGAUCUGUCCAGGCUGAGGUGCAGAGGACAGCAGAGGCUUCAAGCCUUCCAGCCUCAGGACGCCUUUGGACACCUAAACAUUACUGAGGGCCCGACGUGUUCUUAGUUUGGGUUAAUAUCUAUUCGUGUUUCGUCUUUAGGGAUACAAACUGAGUCUUAAAAAAAUAAAUUGUGUUAAAAGAAAA